UUACACAUUCAUAUUCAAGAAUGCUCUUUUGCAUUCUCUCUCUCUCUCUCUCUCUAUAUAUAUAUAUAUGUGUGUGUGUUUGGCAGUUUUGAUUGCAUAAAGUUCCUUGAAACGAACAUAAACCUCUACAGAAUUUGCACUAACUGUUUGCUCACAGAUUCACAUAUUUGCCCACAAAUUACUCUCAACCAAUCUUUUCCAACACCUCAAUCCAACCCCUAACCUUCAUUACAAGAACAGCAACUCUCAUUGCCUGCUUUGGUUUCUGCAGAGGUGAACUCUCAGCACAAAUUAUGUCUGAAAGGCACAAUUCUUGAGUGGUAAUAAUGAAUGGUUGAUGGAGAGGUGCAGGUGCUGAAGAAGAUGGGGUGGAAUAGAAGCUGCUGGCUGGCCAUUCUUCUCCAGUUCUUCUUGCUUGCUCAAUGUGCAGUACACAGAAGGCAAAGGAUUCACAAGAACAGUACUAGCGACGAUGAGAAUUAUUACCCUCCAGUCCAGUUGCAUUUAUUGGAAGACCAUGUGGUAUUGGACAAUGGCAUCCUCAACGUUACGUUGUCGACUCCCGGGGGCAUGAUCACCGGAAUAGAGUACAAUGGAAUUGAUAAUUUACUGGAGUAUGAGUACAAAGAAAACAACAGAGGGUACUGGGAUCUCGUCUGGAGCAAACCGGACCAUCAAGCCGACGUUUUUGACAAGCUUGAAGGGACCGACGUGUACGUUAUAACAGAAGAAGAUAACCAAGUCGAGCUCUCAUUCGUGAGAACAUGGGAUUCUUCAUCAGACACAGGACUCCCCCUUAAUAUUGACAAAAGGUUUGUAAUGCUGCGUGGUUGCUCGGGAUUUUACUCGUAUGCAAUUUUCGAGCGAUUGGAGGGUUGGCCUGAUGUUAAUAUCUCGCAAGGACGAAUAGUGUUUAAGCUUCAGCACAAUCUGUUUCAGUACAUGGCGGUAUCUGAUGAUAGACAACGGAUCAUGCCGACUACUCAUGACCGUGAGAAAGGUCUAGUUCUCGACUACCCGGAGGCUGUUUUUCUAACAAAUCCAGACAAUUCUUUUCUUAGAGGAGAGGUUGAUGACAAGUACCAGUAUUCGAGCGACAACAAGGACAGUCGAGUCCACGGGUGGAUAUGCACUGACCCCGCAACCGGAUUUUGGGUAAUCACUCCAAGCAAUGAAUUCAAAACAGGAGGGCCUGUCAAGCAAGAUCUCACUUCUCAUGCCGGUCCAAUUUCACUUUCCAUGUUCUUCAGUACUCAUUACGCAGGGCUGCCUUUAAUUAUAGAAUUUCGCGAUGGUGAACCAUGGAAGAAGGUCUUUGGCCCUGUGUAUAUGUACCUAAAUUCAGUUCUACCUGAUGAAGAUCCACUUACACUGUGGGCUGAUGCCAAAGAACAGAUGCUCCUAGAAACAGAAAAGUGGCCAUAUGAUUUCCCACUCUCGGACGACUUCCCAUACGCUGAUCAGCGGGGUACAGUGACCGGCCGGUUACUGGUUCGUGACAAUUACAUCAACGAACGGCUUAUAACUGCAAACGGUGCUUAUAUCGGUUUGGCUCCUUCAGGCGACCCUGGAUUUUGGCAAAGAGAAAACAAGGGCUAUCAAUUCUGGACAGAAUCUAAUGCAUUGGGGUACUUUGUAAUCAAGAACAUUCGAGCUGGGAACUAUAGUCUCUAUGCUUGGGUACCUGGAUUCAUCGGUGAUUACAAAUAUAACAUCCAAAUCACUGUCCUGCCAGGAAGCAAGAUAAGGCUCAGAACUCUCGUGUAUGAUCCUCCAAGAAACGGCCCUACUCUGUGGGAAAUCGACAUUCCUGAUCGUACUGCUAGUGAAUUCUUUGUGCCUGAUCCGAACCCAAUGCUUAUGAACCAAUUAUACGUGAGCCAGCCCGACAAAUUUAGACAAUAUGGUUUAUGGGAUCGGUACACAGACCUCUACCCUGAAGAUUUAGUUUACACAAUAGAAUCCAGCAUUUAUCAGACUGAUUGGUAUUUUGCUCAUGUGAACAGGAAGGUAGACAACAAAACAUACGUACCGACCACAUGGAAAAUUGUGUUCGACCUUACAUAUGUGGAUGAGUUGUCAAAUUACACCCUCCAACUCGCACUGGCGUCAGCUAACGAGGCUGAAUUGCAGGUUCGGAUCAAUGAUGAAACAACAGAAGUGCCUCAUUUUACUACAGGCCUCAUAGGCCGGGAUAAUGCAAUUGCAAGGCAUGGAAUUCAUGGAUUAUACUGGCUAUAUAGUGUCGACGUACCAGGUUCACUGCUUGUCACCAGUACUAAUACAAUCUUCUUGACUCAAUCAAGAGGUUUGAGCCCUUGGAGAGGAAUCAUGUAUGAUUAUAUCCGUCUUGAAGGACCAUCAUCGAAUAAUCAAACUCAAAAACAUAAAUGAAAUUAUUUGCUUAUAUAUAUAUAUUAUUUUUGUGCAUGUGGGUUCGUAAUAUGCUCCAACUUAUAGGAGCUAGCAGGAAUUAGUUAUACUUGUAUUUUUUAUUGAAUUUAGGUCUAGUUUUGCUACUAUUGUUCCACUUAGUGUUCUGAAGGAGAUCAUGUUGUACAUUAUUUUGUAAUUGUUAUUAUGAAAUGCUAAU